UCCGGUCCCCCCCUCGGGGCAGGCGGGUGGGCCAUGGAGGAGAAGUACCUGCCCGAGCUGAUGGCGGAGAAGGACUCUCUGGAUCCGUCCUUCACCCACGCGCUGCGGCUGGUCAACCAAGAAAUCGAGAAAUUUCAAAAAGGGGAAGAAAAGGAAGAAGAAAAAUAUAUUGAUGUAGUGAUUAACAAAAAUAUGAAACUGGGACAGAAAGUAUUGAUUCCAGUGAAACAGUUUCCAAAGUUCAACUUUGUGGGGAAACUUUUGGGCCCGCGCGGCAAUUCUCUGAAGCGCUUGCAAGAAGAGACAUUGACAAAAAUGUCAAUAUUGGGAAAAGGAUCCAUGAGGGACAAGGCAAAGGAGGAAGAGUUGAGGAAAAGCGGAGAAGCAAAAUAUUUCCACCUAAAUGAUGACCUGCAUGUUUUAAUUGAAGUGUUUGCUCCACCAGCAGAAGCAUAUGCCAGAAUGGGACAUGCACUGGAAGAAAUUAAGAAAUUCCUCAUCCCUGACUACAAUGAUGAAAUCAGACAGGCACAACUGCAGGAAUUAACGUAUUUGAACGGUGGCUCGGAAAACGCAGAAGUUCCCGUAGUCCGUGGAAAACCUCCUUUACGGGCACGAGGAGUCCCGGCCCCUGCUUUGGCAAGAGUCCGUGGAGGCGUGCCGCCCCCACCUGCAGGCGUUCCAAGAGGGGCCCCGGCACCCAGAGGAGUACUUCCCGGCAGAGGUCCUGUCACUCGUGGCCGUGGCCUUCUGACUCCCAGGGCAAGAGGAGUCCCUCCAUCCGCUGGCUACCGACCUCUUCCACCACCUCUGGCGCAGGAUACCUACAGAGAAUAUGAUUAUGACGAUGGAUAUGGCACUUCGUAUGACGAUCAGAGUUAUGAUUCCUAUGAUAACAGCUAUAGUACUUCAGCACAAAGUGCCGCCGAUUAUUAUGACUAUGCCCACGGCUUGAGUGAGGACACAUACGAUUCUUACAGACAGGAAGACUGGGCCAACUCAAGACACAAGGCGCCUCCAUCACGGACAGCGAAAGGAGCCUACAGAGAGCAGCCAUAUGCCAGAUACUGAUUAUACUGUCUGAUGUUGUGAAAUACCCAAUCUCCACCAGUCCUGUAUACUGUUCAAAGUAAUUUUUUUCUAUGAACAAUCUCCCUUUUUAUUAAAAAUCAAAGUGCUUAAUCUGACGGACGGACUGAGCUUAAUCUAUUUUUUGCUGAGUGAAAAACCCGGAGAGGAAGAUGUGUGAAAACCAAGGAGCUUUGUUAUUUCCAGAUUGUAUUUU